UUCGGAAGGUUUGAAUAGCACGGGGAAGAAGAAUUAUAAUUUUAUAAUAAAUAAUAUACAAUGGAAGGGAGUGUAAAUAUAACAUUAAGUCAGUAGUGUAAAAGUGCGGUGUAAAUGUUUGCAACUGUAAUAAACUUGAAGAUGGUGAUUGCUUGUCUGAAGAUAUCCAUAGUUUGACGUUAGUGAAAUGUAUCAACUAACAUUGACAAAAAUGCAUCCGCGGUGGGGAAAAUUCACCCCCUAUUCCGCAGAAUACUAAAGUCAUCAGCGAUGAAGAUGUCUUAAUGUGUGUGCAAAGUAAAUUGGAGAUGCUAAAGAGUCGGGGGCCCAGAUGAGUGGUCUGGCUGGGAAGAGGAUAGAAGAGGGUAGUGAGGAUGUUGGGACAGGCCAGUCCGGCCUGGUGGUAGCAGGCGCAAUGGCCAUCAAAGAGGGCUCUGUGGAGCACAGUGAGAGGCUGGCUAGAGAGGAGGCAGAGACGCUCUGUCAGGGAGGGCAACGUAACGCUCUCUUCCAAGCAAACACCUGUGCCAAGCAACUGUCUGAACGACUGUGUGUCCAGAGCUGCUCCCAGCCGGUGAAGAAGGGAACGCUUCUUCCUGUUAAAAAGUCGUUAAAUUCAGCAGUCAGCCCCUUCUUGAGACCGAACAGCUCUGUCGUCAAUAGCUCGUUGCUAGAGGCAAUACACAAGGUUAUUAAUGGCGACUCUGCGGUGACCACAGAUCAAGCAAACACAGUAGCAGAAGGGCAACAUCUUGGGCUGCACAAGGUAGUUCCGGUGAGAAAUACUCCCGUAUUGUUGCGAAUGCUCCCAACAAACAACGUGUUGGUGAAACAGGAUGGCAGUCACGUGACAUCAACCUCCAAGGACCAUGCCAUGUCCCGAAAUGCUACGUGUGAAUCAGUAAUACCUCACAAUGGCCAUGUUUUGCAGCGAAAACCCAUGUUGGUCAAUGGUCAUGUACCUAACACACCACUAGCUCCAACAUCUGUUGGAAUGAUAUCGGUCAAAGGAAAAGAUAACUGUCCAAAGGCUUCUGCCAACAAGAAAAGCACUGCACCUGAAUUACAAACAAUAUUAGAAUAUGUAAAUUCUAAAUGGUCCCCAAAGCUGCAGAAGAAAGACUUAGUCGUUAAUAAUUCAGUAAUUUGCAAGACUUCGUUAGCCUCGAAAAGCAGACCAAUAUACCACCCUGCAGCUCGUUCAAAUUUCAAGGAGGAUGUGCCAUUGUUGCAGAGACUAGAUUUGUCUAUUGGCGGUGUCUCAUUGCCUAAGCCUGCGAUAGAUGUAGGCAUCAGAAAGACUGAAGUUAAGAAACAGAAUGUUUGUCUGUUGGAUCGCCCAUCUCCAUUUAACAUUGAGGAAAAUUGCAGUAGAAUUACAUCUCGACAAGUUCCAUUUAAAGAUGUUCCACUGUUGCAGAGGACAGACUUAGGUGUUGAUAAUAUCCUUCCUUGCAAGCGACCUGGCAACAUGUCCAGCAAAAAUGGGAGUAAUAAUGUUAUUGAUUGCUCUUCGAUAAAUGACACAGCUGCUGAACACCUAUCUGCACAUCACUCUGCUAUCUUGAAUAGAGAGGCAUUUUUGCAAGGGAAAGAUCAGACUUUUCAUGAUCUGUCAUCCUGUGAGCCAAUGACAAACUCAUACUGCAAAGAAAUGGCAGUUACGGGGAAGAGAGAUGAUCUCUUCAACCAUGUGUCAGAAGAAGAACCAGCAACCAAAAGAAGCAAGAUAAUUGUACCUCAGUUAGAUUCACUAAUGUUGCAGAGGAAAUAUCCGACUUUUAAUGAUGUGUUAAAUGACAGGCCAGUGAUGGCUACUUACAGCAUAAGGGAUUUUGAAGGCGACCAGACAGACCUCACAAACACUCCAGUAAUGCUAGUCGGUAGUGCAAAACAUCAGGAAAGAAUGAACUGUCUUACUCUCCAGAAUAAGAAAUCUUUUUUGCAGAAGAUGAACAGAGUUAAUAAUAUUGAAUCUAUCUGCCAGCCUACGGUGAAUUCAGACAGGAAGAAAGAAGUUUGUAAGAGCAUCAGUAGUCCUUUUCGGUAUACGGAUAUAGAGAAAUCCAUUACUGAAGCCAGUGAUUUACAGAAACCAAUUAGGUCAGUAGGUUCCAAUGCACAAGAGACUUGUCCAUCUGUCAACAAAGCAAUUAGGUCGGGUGAUACUCAUGUACAGCUGGAUCAUUCAUAUGUCAGCAGUGUAGUUAGAUCAUGUGAUACUGAGGUACAUAAGAAUGACCCUCCUGUCAGCACUGUAGGAAUUCCUCAAGUUAUAGUAUGUGUGAACGGAAGGGAAAUAAGGCUGGAGGAGGAGCAUGUGGAUUCUUCAGGUAACACAAUCAGGGAAGAAGCUUCACAUGUGCACAAUCAUUCUCAUCAGUCCCUUGUUGAGGAAUAUUGUAGUUUUGAAACUGAAAGCAGGAAGCAGCAGCAGCAGGCUGCAGUGUCUGUUGACGUGAAUGAUGUCUCCAAAGAGAAGUGCGCUCCCCAAAUAAUAGUUCCUUCAUCCAUGGACAAUAGCGCUGUUGUACAUUAUCCUCAGAGCGACUCAUCGUUAAUAAACAUUCAGGAGAAAGGAGAUAAUGAAGAUAAAAAUUUAAUCCAGGAUAACUGCAACUUCAUUGGUGUGAAUGAUUCAGCUAUCGAAGGAUCUGCUAGGCCACGCUAUUCAAUUUCUGCAACGGAUACCCAAGUAUUAUCAGAAAAUUGUCAAAUCCUCUCAUCUGAUCAACAAUCUGUAUCUGAGGAAAGAAGACAAGAAGUGAAACUUAAUGUUUCUUUCACAGAUUUUACAAAUCCCCACAUUAGCCUACACCAUGAUAAAGCUCACAGUAUCAGUGGUGACUGCUUGAUAACCCAACAGUCUGUGCUCUUAAAUAAUACAGAAAUGGCUUCCGAAGGGACGGAUAGUUUCACAAAUAAGCAGACUAGCCAAGAGUGUGACAUCACGCAGGAGAUGAAUGUGCAUGCAGAAAAUCCUUUCCUGUGGCACGCAAGGGAGGAGACUGUAGACUCAACUUUCGAGCCAUCGCCAGCUAGUGGUCACAGGGAAGCCAUUAUUGAAGGGUCAAGUAGUACUACAGGCCUACAAUCUCCCAACAUGUUUGAGGUAGAUCCAGAUCAGCAAUAUUCAGUUCCUCUUGAAAAUAUGGGGUUAUGGUACAUCAAAGAGGAGAUUGUUGAGAAUGACUUGACUUACUCACCAACUCAAGAAACAGGUAAUAAGGAACAGAUUUUCAAAAAUCAUGAUAGUGACAUGUUAAAACAUGCAGAGAAAGAUUGUAGUAACACGCAUAAAGCUGGUGAACAAAAUUCAGUCUCGCUUGCAAAUACAGUGCUGUGGCAAGUGAAAGAAACUUUGGCAGAGUUUGACUCAUCCAGCCAACUACCACCCUCCCAAGGCAGCAGUCGGAAUAGAGUCUUCGAGGAACAAGUCAUCAACGUGCCGACAAAGAGCGGCUCAGCCGUCACCAACCCGCCUGUCACCAACCCGCCUGUUACAUACCAGUUAACGCCUUCUGUCAAAAGUACCAAUAUAGGUUUGAACGUCAACUAUCAGAGUGUUGGACGCUCCAGUCCCAACCAAUUGCCAAAGCCCACAAUCCACAGGAUAGGGUUUCUUCAGCAGGGAAGAUGUGCCACAUCUCCAAUUCUUCAUCGAGGGUGUGCCACAUCUUCAAAUCUUCAGCGAGGAUGUGCCACAUCUCCAAUUUUUCAUCGAGGGUGUGCCACAUCCUCAAAUCUUCAGCAAGGAUGUGCCACAUCUCCAAUUCUUCAUCGAGGAAGUGCCACAUCUCCAAUUCUUCAGCGAGGUUGUGCCACAUCUCCAUUGCUCCAGCGAGGAUGUGCUACAACUAACAGCACACCCGGAAGAGGCCCAGUUUCUGCAUGCAAUAUCGUUAUCUCGAUGCGUCCCAACUUGCGGCCACACUUGCCAGGUUUGGUUCGCCAGCGCUGCCCCAUGCCCCUGGAAAGGGAGUUUGACGUAGCCGUCUCGCCCACCUUGAGUUCAGAGGUUGUGGUCAAAAGACCUGUUCCAGCGACCGUAGAACUAAUAAAGAGGGUUAAGGAGAAAUUGGGUGAGUCAACUGGUGUAGUAUCAGUGCAUGCGGGUAAUGUGGACAAGCAAGUGUCAAUGCCACAGAACGUCAGCUGUGCCAAGCCCCUUCCUGGUAAGGAGUCUCUGAGCAGCAGGGUCCACUCUGGGUCGGUAACGGAAAGGGCCAGCUUCAGCGAGGGUGCCAGUUCUGUCUGCGACAGUCAAAAGAAGCAAGUCACGAACAUCCCGUCGCUGGCGAGCAAGAGCCGUCCAGACGCAAACUCCGGCUCUGACGUCACGGUUGCUAGCGGACCCUGUCGUGCCGCUCCGCUGGGCUCGGGCUCGUCCCGGCGGCUGGUCGGAGGCCUGUACGCCGACGUGAUCCGGGAGACAAACGUGACCCCGGAGCCCGUGAAGAAAGCUGGGCGGAAGGGCUACUGGAAGUUCAGUGAGUGGCAGCAGUCGGACGAGAGCAAACUCGACAAGCUCAACCACGGCAAAUUCCAGACGUUCUCGCAGUUUCGAGCUCAGCAGGUGACCUCACGGGCACGGGCUGGAUGGAUCACCUGUGCCAGAGCUGUCGAAUCAGCGUCCCCCCCCCGCGGCCGCGAGCCUGCCUGCGCCGCCGCCGACGCGAGCUCGGCAGGGGCGUGGCCCGUGCAGUGUCGCGGGCCCCAGCAGCCGAGCAGACCCGCCAGGAUACUGCCGGACAAGCUGCAGACCGACUGCAAGGAAGAGGUGCAGGGGCGGUGGGAACGCUUGAAGCGGAGGGGACGGCCCAAGAAGAGGCACACCUUCGACCACCCGACUCAUCCGGACGACAGGCCGAGCGAGACCAUGAUGGACCUGAUGUACAGCAACCCUCCGUCGAACCCCAUGAGGAAGGACUCAGCUGCUGCAAAGGAGCCGAUGAUCUUUGGGGAUGACGAGUGGGACGAAGACGAAGACGAGGACCAGGUCACGGAUGAAGCCGUGCCCGCGCCGCAGGUCACGCUCGACAAGGACGGGGGUCUGGUCAUCGACGAGCGGAGCCUGUUUGUGGACGUGGAGGAGGUGGCGAGGCGGAGAGCGCGGCGUGGCAGGAAGAAGGCCGAGGACAGUCUAGCGGCGGCCAUCUGCAGCGAGCAGCCACAGCCUCGGCACAGGCGCAGCAAGAUGUGGAGGACUGAGGAGACGCUGAGGUUCUACCGCGCCCUGAACGCGGUGGGCACGGACUUCAUGAUGAUGGAGUCGCUGUUCCUGGAUCGCACCAGGCGGGAGCUCAAGAAGAAGUUCAUGCGGGAAGACAAGAUCAACCGGGAGCUGAUUGACCGCACGCUGCUGAACCCUGGCGUGGUCAGCACCACCGACUUGGAGCGAGAGCUCGGAGAAGAAAGACUGAAGAAGAUGAGGGAAGAGGAGCAGAUGCUGGAGAAGGCGCGGCUGAAGAAAGAACGGAAGGAGCGCAGGAUGACCAAGAACAAUCAGAAGCUACUGGCGGAGAGGAAAGAAAAGCUUCUGAACAACAAAAUACUCUUCAGAAAUAAACGAAAUUACAAGAGGACGCGGCGGAAAGAGCGGUCGCCGCCGCCGCCACGCAAGGUGCUGCCCCCGAGGAAGGCUGCGAUGAAGCAGCGGCGGGGGGAGCAGCCGGAGGGGGGCGAGGACCUCUGCCGGCUGCUGGAGGAGUCCAUCAGCCGGGAGCUGGCCGGCGAGAGCACGCCCCAGGCCGCGGUCACGCAGGUCACCACCACCCCGGGCGCCCUGCUGGUGCUGUCCGCCCCCUCCGCCACCGGCCGGGUCUACAAGGUGUUCAUGGUGGACUGAGGAGCCCGCCCCGACGCCCCCCUCCCGGGAAGCGACGCAGUGCUGUGAUACAUCGUUAGUCGUUACUGUUACGUUCGCGCUGGUUCCGGUUUCGUGAAUCUCCAGACUUGACAAUGGUUUUGCAUCAUACUGAACAUAGAUCAUUGCUGUAAAUUUUUUGUUAGUUUUUUUUGUUCGUUUAAAAGCAUGUGUGUGUUCGUUUUUUUUACUGCCACAAAUUAAAUGAUUAUUUUGAAAUACUCAGCAGUUGUCAAAUGUUUGGAAUUUUCCUGAAGAUUUCAAUGGUUAAUAUGAAUGGUGUCUACAGGUCUUGAGAAGCAAUGCAAUUGAAGGACUAUUCACAAAGAUCUUGAAAAAGUUUGCAAAUAAACAGAAACAGUGCGGUAA